AUGUUUUUAGGCAGCGCGAUGUUCAACGACAGACUUCGCGCUGAUCUGAUCAUGCUAUACUCUUUCUGCCGGGUCAUAGACGACCUUGUCGAUGAAGCCCCUGAUCGCGAAACAGCGCAGACAAACAUCAAAGAAGCAUCCCAACUUUUAAACUGGUGCUUUUCGGCUAAGCGACCCUCAGAGCCUCUGUACGGUUAUGUUGACGUCGAAGGGAGCCCCGAGCAGACGCAUGAUCCAUCCCCUCUUCUUUCCUCCAUAGCACUACUACCCACUUCCCGUCUCACUCUCAAACCACUGCUGGAACUCUUAUCCGGAUUCGAAUUGGACCUCGGAUUUUCCGCCGAGAAGCAGCAAUUUCCAAUCGCAACUGAAGCAGAUCUGGAGGUAUACGCCUACCGCGUCGCCGGCACGGUCGCAUCCUCUCUUCUCGAGCUAGUCUUCCAAAACUACGAAAUCGGCGAAAUCAAGCACGAUCCAGUCCAACAAGCCCGAAUUCUCAAAUCUGGGCAGCACAUGGGACAAGCAUUGCAGUACGUCAAUAUUGCGCGCGACAUCAAGCGGGAUGCCGCAAUCAACCGAGUGUAUAUUCCUUCUUCAUGGCUGGCAGAGGAAGGGAUGACUCCGAAGGAUGUGCUAGCCAAUCCCGAUGAUGAUAGACUUGCUAUCUUUGAAGAUCGCAUGUUGCGCAAGGCGGAUGAAGCACAUGCGCGGAGCGUCAGAGCAAUCAAUGAGCUGCCUAAGGAGGUGCGAAGGCCUAUUAAAACAACUGUUGAGAGCUAUAUGAUAAUUGGGGCGAUGGUUCGCAAGAGGCGCCAGGCUGGGGUUAGAGAGGAAGGGAAAUUGAAAGUGCCUCUGUGGCGGAGAUUGAGGCUGGCGUGGUGGGAAAUGAAUGGUGGUGAUUCAUCAGGACUGGAGCACUGA